GUCACAAACAAGUCAGUCGCUAGGACACAAGUUCACAGACAAAAUCACUUUCGCUGUUGACACGUCUUAUUUUCUUCGAAUAAGAAACGGAUUUAUAGCUUGAUAUAAUAUGGAUUCUACUCACGGGACAUACGACGGCAGUAGUCCCGCGUCACCAGAUGAAGUUAGCAUCAAGUUAACAAAAAGCAGCGAACGACCAUUGACAGAUAAAUCGAAUUCAAAAGGUGGAAACUCUAAAGUAGAUCUAAACCAUGAUGAAUGUAAUGCUUUAUUUGAUCGUUUCACUGAAGAGGAUAUGGUAAAAGUUACAGCCAGAGUGAAGCCAAUACCAAGGUCUCCUGAAAAAUCUAAUAGCUAUGGCUUUGACCCAUGUUUAUCUCCACAAAUCCGCGAUGGAAAUGCACCACGAAGAGGCUCAGCGACACCAUCUGUGUCAGCUUCACCAGCCAAACGAGCAUUUACAGACACGCGACAUGGAUUACAAAGGGAUAGUGCCACGGACGAUACUUACAUUGAAUAUGAUUCAAGAAAGAAACAUAAACUACAUGUAGGUCGCCUGGAACAACUGCGAGAGAAUUCAACAUUUGAAAAUCAAAAACACCGGCAGGAUCAAAGUGAUAUACUUUGCAAGUUAAAAGACGAAGGAAUAAUCAGAAGGACCUCCAAUUGCGAUUUGAACCAAUCUCCCAUCCCUAAAAAUCCAAUGUAUCUGCCUCCUCUUCAACCGAUCUCGCACGGUCCACAUUCUCACAAUCCUACUGCAUUCGACUGGAAUACUAAUGGUGCCCCAAAAGUGCAGCAACAGCUGUGUCACAAGAUGAAAAUGCGACAAUUAGAACUAAACGCUAAAUCUCAACAGGAAAAUCACGAUCAGCAGCUGAAAAUGAGGCAACUUAUACACCAACCAGCUCUCCAACCAAUUCCUAAGUCGCAAGGUUUUAAUCCCAGCGCUCGAGAAAACCGACACGACAAACGAAUGACAAAACUUGGCCUACCGAUGGAUGGUACGCGUGGUAGGGAAGAAUCGCAACGAGAACGAAAGGAAAGACGAAAGAGAAAGAAAGCGCUUAAAGAAUCGGCAAAGAGAACAAGCGUAAACGAUGAUGCGGAUAAUCAAUUGACCAGACAAGAUGAGCUGUUUGAUGAUGGGCAGCUAUCUCGCUGCAGUACAAGGAAUGAACAGGGAUUGCCGUUUAAUUUACCUUGACACAUUUACAAGUUCCAGUAAAACAAAAUGACCUGAUAUAUAAAAAAAACAAUCACUUCUAAAAUAAAUUAUAAAUCGCUGUUGAAAGGAUCGGACAUGCGAUAUCAAAAACCAUUAAGAUAUAGUUAAUAAAGUACAAAAAUAUAUUAUAACAGACAGAAAACACUGAUUUAUAAAAAUUACAAAUACUGAAUUUUAUUCACGCUUUACACGUGUAUAUAUGAGAUGUAAAAUAACAAACAGAUUUUACAUAAAAAUAACUGCACACAAAUGUUGCAUGAAAUACUGUUUUGCAAGAUCGAGAACUUUGUUAUAGUGUAUUAUUUCGAUCGCUGGAACAGUCCAUUUGUAUUUCUCAAGGCUCUCACUUGGCAACCAUAAUAUUCACGAACUCUGCAAAGAAAUUAAUACAUAUAUAAUGAUAGGAGAAGUUGAUCUUUUCAUCCUCCAAAAACAGGGGUUUGGAAUCGUCCUUGAUCGAUCUCGUCCCCUCCUUUCGCACAAGAUGAAUAGCCAAAGCAAAAUCAAUCUACGUUUUCCGUGGAUUAGGCUUUUCUGUGUGGAUAUUGAGUCACUACAUUACAAAUAUUCCGUUCUGAUGACGUGGAAGCAUGUUCAUUAUUCCUCGAUAUCGUUUUAUUUCCUGGCACUUCAAUCGGUUGGAAAUAUAAUCAAGAAAAGAUCAACAUCAUAUUUAUGAUAUUAGAAUGGAAUAUUUGUUUUGUUUUUAACUUUCUGAACAUGGGAACUGAAAACAC